AUGUACGGUGAGGACAGGCGUGGGUCAGGCAAAAAGCCCGCGGUAAAUGGAGAGAUGGACUGCACGUGGUAUGGUAUGCCAAGUAAAAAGACGGCAGACACCAAUAGAUAUUGGUACGGUACUGAAAGAUCAGUUGGUAUUGGCCAGCAGCAUGCUUGUAUUUUUACUUUAAUAUCACGAUUGGAUUGGCAGGUUGACACACAUGAAGUAAACGGGCAAGACGGGAUAAACGCGGGCGCUUGGUACAAACUUGGAUACAAGAAAAACAUCCAAACUAUUCGCUGGUCGCCACGAGGUGAUGACCAGAAUGGGCGACUCAAUGGGACCGUUGGAUUUUCCAGCCCAUCUUGGCUCGCUUGGUUGGAGAGGUACCGCGCAAAAGAUGUGAUGAAAUACUUUUGGGCAAGGUACCAAGGGAGGGGGAGGGAAAGCCAUUGA